AUGACUGAGAAACGAGAACUUGAACCAGACCAAGCCACACCGUCCGUCGAUCUCAGAAUCAACGGCGGAGAAGAAUCCGACUCAGAAGAGCCCGCCGGCCCAUCCCAAGCUCUCAUGCUUGCGCCCAAGGACGAGCGGGACGUAGCUAUGCCUGUGGCGGUGCACGCGCCGAAGAGAGCGUCAACGAAGGACCGGCACACCAAAGUGGAGGGACGGGGCCGGAGGAUCCGAAUGCCCGCCACGUGCGCGGCUCGGAUCUUCCAGCUGACCCGGGAGCUAGGGCACAAGUCCGACGGCGAGACCAUCCGGUGGCUCUUGGAGCACGCCGAGCCGGCCAUCAUCGCCGCCACCGGCACCGGAACCGUGCCUGCGAUCGCGAUGUCCGUGAACGGGGCGCUCAAAAUCCCCACGUCCGCUCCGGACCCGCGACCCGGCGAGGACCCGCCCGACAAGAAAAAGCGCAAGCGGAACUCAAACAGCGAGUACGUGGACUUGAACGACGGCGUUUCGGCCUCGGCGGGUUUAGCCCCUUUAACAACAGAACGACAUCACCAACAGCCACCGACAGCAGCGGUGCAAGCGGUGGUACCUCAAGGCGUGCUCCCCAUGUGGGCCAUACCGUCAAACGGCGUCGUUCCCGGAGCUUUCUUCAUGGUCCCUUCCGCUUCGACCCAGCCUCACAUAUUUACAUUUCCAACCACCGUCGCCGCCGCUCCGUUUAUCAACAUUUCGGCCCGACCCAUAUCCUCUUUCGUGGGCCCCAGUUCGGCUGCUGCAACGACCCAUAUGGCCGCUUCCACUGCCCCUCAGACGCUCAGAGACUUCUCUUUGGAAAUUUACGACAAGAAGGAGCUUCAAUUCAUGUCUGGCUCUUCAAACCAUUGACAAGCCCAAAAUCCAGAAAAACCCAGAAAGCGUUUUUUCUGGGAUUUUAGAUUUUGGCGGCGAAAUCUUGACGGUUUUUGUACGGCUAUCUGCUUAGCUUCGUCUUCCUCAGCGUUGGGUUUUGGGUUUUUUCUUUUAUUUUUUUGGACAGGGAAAGGGGGAGCACGUGGUCACGUGAGGGAGGGGUUUAAGGCGAUGCACGUGUGAAGUGGGGUUGGAUUAGGCGGGAGGUGGGGACCACACGGGUGAUGGUGGGGUAGAGUGGGUUUUAGGGUUUGUUCUGUGCACCGUGUGGGUCGCGGGGUGGUGGGUAAGACUUGGGAGAGCUAUAUUUUAAUAUAAAACGCGGGGCCCACGUCAUCUCACUGUCCAUGUGAUGGUGGGAGCGGGGCCCAAGAGUGUGGGGGCCCUCCAGCUGGACCGUUCAAAAGCACCAUUACCAAGGCGGCCUUCGCGUGUGGUGGUCCCCAUCGAGGUUGGAUGGGUCCGAUGGAAAUGCCGACAGGUGUCGGCUUCGUAGGUGCUCUUUGUUGUGGGGCACCUUCCAUCUCUAUCAGAAGAAUUGUGGGGCCCGUUUAGUGUUUACCCUUUUCUUUCUUUUUUCUUUUUUCAAAUUUUUGUUUUUGUUUUUGGGGUUGUGGGUGUGCAGAAAAUGGAAAUGUGACGGUGAUGAGGAUGAAGAUGGGCGCAUUAGAUGCAACCCCCAACUUGGUAUUUUACUUUACCAACAGAAUUGUAAAUUUACUCUUUAGACCUAAUUUUUAACUUUCCCUAUCUUUAUAUUUGUCAUAUAUUAUAGCUUUCAUUUUGACUCUUUGCUUG